AGCAUUGCUUCUUGACAAAAGGAGAACACAACAAUGUUGUCUUGUCUAGGUUAUGCAUCAAAGUAUAUGACUACAAAUUCCAUUAUUUCCAAGCUGUUGCCUGCCUCAAUGCUUUAUUUUCCAUUUCUAGUGUGGUUGAAAGAAAAAAAAAACCUCUCUGCAGUUUCCUUCUGUCUGUCUAUACUAUACUCAGUCUCAAGAGGAAACUAGAAGAGAAUUACUGAAAGCAGUCAAAGAGCCGCCUAGCUAUAUAUUUCCCACGAGCUUGCCACAUAUCACCAAGUUUUGUUCUCAGAUUGGCGUGGUUGCUGGAUGUCUGGUUGUCCUUUUCCUUAGAAAGCAGCAGAACUCAUUGAUAGGCUGGAAGUAGAUAUAUUCUGUAGACUGUUGGUUUGUAGAUUGUUUAGGCCUUUAGGUAGACAUAAGCAGGCAUAGCUAAAAAUAUCCCGUGAGCUUCUGUUUUUUCUGAUCCUAGCCUGCAGUUCUCUUAGCUACAUGACUCAUUUAGUUUCCUGAUUGAAGUUCUGUUACCAGAAAGGAUUCAGUAGUUUUCUCUGCCCUUAGCCUCCACUCAACUAAACUUAUUUUCUAAGAAUUAAAGUAUAGUUUCUUUUUCCAACCAGCUAGGAUCUCUUUCAUUUCCCCUUAUUAUAGCGGCUAAGAUGGAGGAAUAUCCUCGAUUGCUGAACCUAAAUCCUAUGAACAAGGAAUGGCUUGUAAACCAUAAAGUAUCAGAGGACAGAAAGUUGGAGUUGAGGCUUGGUCCUCCAGGAGAAUUCCUUGGCUGCAACAACUGUGCAACUCAUGGAACAAAGAGAACUUUCCAACACACAGCUGAAACAAGCAUAGUAGAGAAAGACCGGUGGAGAGAUGGUAGUGAAAACCAAUGCCAAAAGCUUUCGUGUUUUGCAAAAACAGGCGAUGCGGUAAAUUGUACUCCAUCUCCAUGGUCAUCUGGCUCUAUACCAUAUUCUGCCUUUCAGAGAGACUCCCAGAAGGAGUCACAACAUUCAAAGGCUUCAUUUUUCCAAAACUUACCAAUCUCCAAGAAGCUUGCUGGCAUGGCUGAGGACUUCUCACAGCCAUGUAGCUCUAGGGUGGCAGAGGUGCAGUUUCCAGAUAGGAAGGCAUGUUCUAGUCUUGCUACUGCUGAUGCAGAUACCGCCACAAACAAUACCUCCAACAAAAGAAUAGCAUAUUCCCCAGUUGUUGGGUGGCCUCCAAUUCGGUCAUUCAGGAAAAAUCUUGCAAGCAGCAGCUCGUCCAAGCCAGCUUCUGCAUCACCGAAUGAAAAGGACAUUGGAGGAAAACCCGAAAAUUCCAAAAAUCAGUUGUUCGUGAAGAUCAACAUGGAAGGUAUUCCUAUCGGAAGGAAAGUGAAUCUCAGUGCCUAUAACAGCUACGAGGAACUCUCACUUGCUAUAGAUGAGCUCUUCAGUGGUCUGCUUGCAGCUCAAAAAGAUUCAUCUGCCACUCAAAAUGAAAACAACAUCGAGGAAUUAGCAAAAGCAGAUGCAGGCUCAUUAGCUGGAAGUGGGGAAUACACUCUAAUUUAUGAAGAUGAUGAAGGAGACAGGAUGCUUGUUGGGGAUGUCCCAUGGCACAUGUUUGUUUCUACUGCAAAGAGGCUGCAUGUAUUGAAGAGUUCUGAACUUUCAACUCUACGAAUUGGUAGCAAUGAUCAAGAAAAGACACCACUUGAUCCUGCUAUGCAAAUUUGAAGAUGACUUUUAAGUGGGGAAUUUUCUUUAUCUUCAAGUGGAGAAGUUAUGGUGGCACCAACUUCAAAUUUGGGUUCAAAACUUCAAAAUCUGUCAUUUGCAAUCCUUUCAUAAAAGUUGACAUCAUUUCUAUGGUUCUUCUCAGUUCUGAGCUUUGAUGUUCGUAAAUAGGUUUGUAAAUAUAUGAUGGACUGCCUGAGAUGUACUACUUUUAUUUUCAAUUUUAUGUUCUUUUUUUGUCCUUUUAGAAGUCAACUAGGUAUUUGGAAAUGGAAACUUGAUGGGACCUGAUCUCUUCAAGUGCUUGUAAUUGACUUAGAUUUAGGUCUACUGAUAAGUAUAAUGUUUUUUUUUUCUUUUCUGAAAUGAAAAGACUAUCACUGUUUCCUGAU